AUGUCGGAAAAACAACCCCUAUCGACAUCCACCACAACAAUACCAGCAAACACUGCCCAGGUCUCCGAAGCAGCAGCAAUCGAACAUGGCGCCCUCCCAGCCAGAACCGGAGGAGCCACAAAGCAACCGCUGCCUCGUGGACCAUUCCCGCUCGACAUCCCCGUCCUGAACCAAUUAAGAGGCAAGAGGAUCAUUCUCGCAUCCAAAAGCCCAAGGAGGAAGCAGAUCCUCUCCAGCCUCGGCCUUACAAACCUCGAAAUCAUGCCGUCCAAUAAACCCGAGAAUUUAUCCAAGGAAGACCUCGGACCGUUUGAAUACGUUUUGCAGACCGCGACACAGAAAUGUCUAGAUGUUUACCAGACCACGCUUGAGCACUCCCUGGUUUCCAUCCCUGACCCCGCGCUUGUUGUUUCGGCUGAUACUGUGAUCGUCUCGCAUCAUGGGCGGAUAUUGGAGAAGCCGAGGAGUGAGCUGGAUCAUUUGAAUAUGCUGAAGAUGCUGAGGGACCAGAAGACGCAUAAGUGCUAUACGGCCGUUGUGGCUCUAGCGCCGAGGGAGGAUGCGAGAUACCCCGGGUAUAACAUUGAGACCACGGUGCAAGAGACGAAAGUGGUGUUUGAUGAUCUCGUUAGCGAUGAGUUGAUCGAAGCCUAUGUGAAGACGAGGGAAGGCGCUGAUAAGGCUGGAGGGUAUGGACUGCAGGGUAUGGGAAGUUUAUUGGUGGAGAAGAUCGAGGGAAGUUGGGAUAAUGUUGUGGGAUUGCCGUUGAGGGCUACGCUGGCGUUGAUUGAGAAGGCGGUGCUGAAUCAGGAUGAUAUUCCUUUGGGAGAGGAAACGGAAGAUGAUAUUAUAUAG